AUGGACGAUUCAAAUUCAUUAGAAGAUGACGUAGAUUCACUCGAUGUGAAAUCCACACCAUCAUCAGAGACCUUCGAAUUGAAGAAAAAAAUCGGAAUAUGGCGGGGUGUUUCGAUCAUUGCCGGUGUUAUGGUAGGAUCAGGUAUAUUUGUUUCACCUGUUGGCGUAUUAGAAGGAACAAACGGCAGUGUCGGAUUGAGUCUCGUUCUGUGGAUAGCAUGUGGAUUGUUUUCCGGACUUGCGGCAUUGUGUUAUGCUGAACUCGGAACUACCAUUGUGGAAUCCGGAGGGGAGUUUGCUUACAUGAAUGCCGCUUAUGGAGGAUCCAUUGCUUUCGCCUUUUCUGCCUCGUAUGUUUUCAUUUUAUAUUCUACCGGAAAUGCUGCAAAAGCUGUGGUGUUGGGUACCUACAUUGCAACGCCUUUUUAUGAAGGCGAUUGUGCACCGCCAGUGGUGGUUGUCAAAUGCUCUGCAGCGGCAGUAGUUCUCAUUGUAACUUUAAUCAACUACGUCAGCGUCAGGGCGGCGGCAAGAGUGCAAGUCGUCUUCACAGCAGCAAAGUUUAUUGGAUUGGCAGCCAUUAUUAUCGGAGGAUUGACGAGAUUGGGAAUGGGAGACCCUAUUGGGAUAUCGAACUUCAAAAACGCGUUUGAUAAGGAAACCAUGGCUGGAAUUACUGCAAGCCAAAUAGGGCUUGCAUUUUAUCAAGGCUUAUUCUCAUAUGAUGGGUGGGCAAAUCUUAACAGAGUAACUGAAGAAGUUAAAGAUCCAAACAAGACACUACCAAGAUGCAUAAUCAUAGCAGUAACCGGCGUUACUGUUUUUUACGUUUUGGUGAAUGUUGCAUAUUUUUCAGUGCUAACACCAAGGGAAAUAUUAUCCUCAAAAGCUGUGGCUAUUACAUUUGGAGAUCGUGUAUUCGGAGCGUUUUCUUGGACCAUGCCUCUUGUAGUGUGUUUGUCAAUAUUUGGAUCUCUGAACGGUUCUUGUCUAGUCAGUGCGAGAAUUGGCUUUGCUGCAGCAAGGAGGCGACAUUUACCGCAAAUAUUUUCAAUGAUUCAUGUGGACCAUCUCACCCCGGGCCCAGCGAUUCUUCUAGUAAAUGUGUUCGUCUUAAUACUUCUUAUACCUGGAGAUUUUGACUCUCUUCUAAAUGCCAUGAGUUUCACAUCUUGGAUAUUUUAUGGACUUGGCGCCGCGGGAGUUCUCGUUCUGCGAAAAACAAGGCCCGAUCUUCCAAGACCCUAUAAGGUUCCACUGGUCAUUCCGGUAAUCGUUACAAUAUUUGCCAUCUACCUAACGGUUGCACCUAUGAUCGACAGUCCAGAUUUUGCAUGGUUAUAUGGCGGUAUCUUUCUUUUAUGUACUCCUCUGUUUUAUUAUCCUCUUGUUUAUAAAAAUAUCCGUGUUCCUGGAAUGGAUUCUAUAACCAUAUUCUUACAAAAAUUUCUGAAUGUUUCUCCAACAGAUUGGGAGGAUACAUUAGCGAUUGAUUCUAGUAAGGAAGAUUAA